AUGGCUGAUGAUAUGGAUCACGACGGCGAUAGCAAUGCUAUAAAUGAGAUCCCUCCGGUUUCACAAGACGAAAUAUUAGAAGAAAUUUCAUAUCUAAAGAUAAAAAAAUCGCCGGGCUACGACCUCAUUACUGCUGAAAUAUUGAAACAGCUCCCGAACAAUAUUAUUGCUGUAUUGACGAAUAUCGUCAACACCACAUUUAAGCUAAAAUAUUUUCCAAUAUAUUGGAAAACAGCGGAAGUCGUUAUGUUCAAUAAGCCAGCACCUGCUCAAUACGGCAACUAUUCAACUGGUCAAUGGUUCGCACGUCGCCAUUUGUCUGCGCUGAGCCGUAAUUUGACACCAUCUAAAGUGAAUAUCUUUAUUAUCAGCAAGUCAGCCAGCCAGCCAGCCAGCCAGCCAGCCGCCCGCCAACUAGCCAGUGCGCACUCAUACGCACACAUUGACAUUGCCGGUACAGGUAGCGUUUGGUGGUACUUAGGUAAAUCGCUAUGUGGCAUAUCUCGCUUAGCGCGCAUGGCAGUGGCAGCUAUAGACGAUUAUGGGGCUAGCAACUUAGCUACCACAGCAGCCAUGUCAAUGUUGCCACAUCACUCGUUCCACUAUUCCGACCUCAAAUACACUGACAAUCAACGCGUCAUCAUCCAUGUCAAGGAUGUGAACGAUGAACCGCCUUAUUUCAUCAAUCGCCCACUGCCCAUGCAAGCCGUAGUCCAACUAAAUGCUCCGCCCAAUACACCCGUGUUUACAUUGCAAGCACGUGAUCCCGAUACCGAUCACAAUAUUCACUAUUUCAUAGUGAGAGAUCGUACAGGUGGUCGCUUCGAGGUAGACGAACGUUCUGGCGUGGUACGCACACGUGGCACCGAUCUUUUCCAAUUGGACAUGGAAUAUGUUUUAUAUGUCAAAGCUGAGGAUCAAAAUGGCAAAGUAGAUGAUCGUCGCUUCCAGAGCACACCCGAAGAGCGUUUAUCGAUUGUGGGUGGCAAGCGUGCACCGCAAUUCUAUAUGCCCAGCUAUGAGGCGGAGAUACCGGAGAAUCAGAAAAAGGAUUCAGACAUCAUCUCGGUGAAGGCGAAAUCUUUUGCAGAUCGUGAGAUACGCUACACGUUGAAGGCACAAGGACAAGGCGCUGGUACAUUCAAUAUUGGUCCAUCGUCGGGCAUCGUUAAGUUGGCGAAAGAAUUGGAUUUCGAAGAUUUACGACAGCCGCACGUCUACUCGCUGAUAGUUACUGCCACCGAAGAUUCGGGUGGUUUCUCCACAUCCGUUGAGCUAACCAUCCGCGUGACUGACGUCAACGACAAUGCACCGAAAUUCGAGCUACCUGAUUAUCAAGCACACAAUGUGGAUGAAGACAUUCCUCUCGGUACGAGCAUACUACGCGUCAAAGCAAUGGAUUCUGAUUCGGGUGCAAAUGCUGAAAUUGAAUAUCUCGUCUCGGAUGAUCACUUUGCGGUCGACUCGAAUGGCAUUAUUGUCAAUAAUAAACAACUCGAUGCCGAUAACAACAAUGCCUACUAUGAAUUCAUUGUCACAGCGAAAGAUAAAGGCGAACCUUCCAAAUCUGGCACAGCCACUGUACGCGUCUAUACGAAAAACAAGAACGAUGAGGAGCCAAAAUUUUCACAACAGGUCUAUACACCGAAUGUGGAUGAGAAUGCCGGACCGAAUACGCUCGUCACAACUGUUGUGGCCUCCGAUAAAGAUGGUGACAAUGUACGUUUUGGUUUUGUCGGUGGUGGCACCUCUUCUGGGCAAUUCGUUAUCGAGGAUAUAACUGGUGUGAUACGCUUACAUAAUAAAGCUAUUUCACUGGAUCGUGACAAGUAUGAAUUGAAUGUGACAGCAAUGGAUGAUGGUUCGUGUUGUGCUAAUGGUGAUCACACCAUACACACCUCCACCGCUGUCGUUGUGGUCUUCAUCACCGAUGUAAAUGACAAUAAGCCGGUGUUCAAGGAUUGCGGCACUUACUAUCCAAAAGUAGAAGAGGGUGCACCCAACGGGAGUCCAGUGAUAAAAGUGGUCGCCACUGAUGAGGAUAAAGGCGUCAAUGGACAGGUCAAAUACUCAAUUGUCCAACAGCCAAAUCAGAAGGGCACCAAAUUCACCGUCGACGAAGAGACAGGCGAAGUGUCCACCAACAAAGUGUUCGAUCGUGAAGGUGACGAUGGCAAAUUCGUUUCGGUUACCGUCAAAGCGACCGAUCAGGGUGAACCCAGCUUAGAGGGCGUCUGCUCGUUUACAGUCGAAAUUACAGAUGUUAACGAUAAUCCACCACUAUUUGAUCGACAGAAAUAUGUAGAAAAUGUGAAACAAGAUGCCAGCAUUGGCACAAACAUAUUGCGCGUCUCCGCCUCCGAUGAGGAUGCCGACAAUAAUGGUGCCAUUGUGUACAGCUUGAGUGCGCCGUUCAAUCCCAACGAUUUGGAGUAUUUCGACAUACAGGCCGAGUCGGGUUGGAUUGUGUUGAAGAAGCCGCUUGACCGCGACCGUUAUCGUUUGCGGGUGCGCGCCUCGGAUCGUGGUGAGCCACCUUCCUAUGCCGAUGUCGAUGUUGAAUUAGAUGUAGUCGACCGCAAUAAUAAGCCGCCAAUAUGGGAUAAGAGCAUUUACGGUCCAAUACAUAUACGCGAAAAUGUCACUGUGGGUACGGUUGUAACAUCGGUGAAGGCAAGUUCGGGUAUUGAGGGCAAUCCGACUGUGUUUUAUCGUCUAAUGCCCGGGUCCACUGCACAAACGAAUAAGUUUCACACGUUUUAUUUGCAACAAAGACCGGAUAAUGGGGAUACGUGGGCUGAUAUAAAGGUGAAUCAUCCGCUGGACUACGAGAGUAUAAAGGAAUAUAAUCUAACAAUACGUGUGGAGAACAAUGGCGCCCAACAAUUGGCUUCCGAGGCGACCGUCUACAUUAUGCUCGAGGAUGUUAACGAUGAGAUACCAUUGUUUACCGAACGUGAACAGGAGACUGUGCUGGAAGGUGAACCCAUUGGCACCAAAGUGACGCAAGUGAAUGCCAUCGACAAGGAUGGCACAUUUCCAAACAAUCAGGUCUACUACUACAUCGUCGAUUCGCCACGCAACGAGGGCAAAGAAUUCUUCGAAAUUAAUUUGCAAAGUGGUGAAAUCUUUACCAAAACCGUUUUCGAUAGAGAGAAGAAAGGCGCUUAUGCACUGGAAGUGGAGGCGCGCGAUGGUGCGCCAUCAGCACGGCCCAACAGUAAUGGACAACCCAAUUCAGGUUAGUACCAACUCACGACUUAUGCAUUUUAAUGAAGAUUU